AUGGACCUCCUGUUCGGGCGCCGGAAGACGCCGGAGGAGCUGCUGCGGCAGAACCAGCGGGCGCUGGCCCGUGCCAUGCGGGAGCUUGACCGCGAGCGCCAGAAGCUCGAGGCGCAGGAGAAGAAGAUCAUCGUUGACAUCAAGAAGAUGGCCAAGCAGGGCCAGAUGGACGCGGUGAAGAUUAUGGCGAAGGACUUGGUGCGGACGCGGCGCUAUGUGAAGAAGUUCAUCACCAUGAGAGCCAACGUCCAGGCCGUGUCCCUCAAGAUCCAGACCCUGAAGUCUAACAACUCCAUGGCCCAGGCCAUGAAGGGUGUCACCAAGGCCAUGGCCACCAUGAACCGGCAGCUGAAGUUGCCGCAGAUCCAGAAGAUCAUGAUGGAGUUUGAAAAGCAGGCGGAGAUUAUGGACAUGAAAGAGGAGCUGAUGAAUGACGCCAUCGAUGACGCCAUGGGGGAUGAGGACGAUGAAGAGGAGAG